AUGUCCGGAGAGCUAGCUUUGUUGAGUGUCUCUGACAAGUCUGGCCUGACAGAGUUUGCCCAGCAACUGUCUGCCCUCGGCUUCAAGCUUGUAGCUUCUGGAGGAACUGCUAAAGCUAUCAGGGAUGCCAACAUUCCAGUCAGUGAGGUUGAAGAGCUGACAGGUGCUCCGGAGAUGCUUGGAGGUCGUGUGAAGACACUGCAUCCGGCAGUUCAUGGAGGUAUUCUGGCCAGGCUCCAGGACUCUGAUCAGGCUGACCUCAAAAAACAGAAUUAUCAAAUGAUCAGAAUUGUUGUGUGCAACCUGUACCCAUUUGUCAAGACCGUCGCUGACCCAAAUGUCAAAGUGGAAGAUGCAGUUGAACAAGUUGACAUUGGUGGUGUCACCUUGUUGAGAGCUGCGGCCAAGAACCACGCCAGAGUGACUGUCAUUUGUGACCCUCAAGACUACACCAGAGUACUGGAUGAAAUCAAAGCAUCCUCUGAGAAAGACACCGGCCUGGACACAAGGAAAACUUUGGCUGUCAAAGCUUUCAACCACACAGCGGACUACGAUGCAGCCAUAUCCAAUUACUUCCGGCGCCAGUACAGUGCCGGUGUGUCACAGCUGACACUUAGGUACGGCAUGAACCCUCACCAAAAACCUGCCCAGAUUUAUACAACCCUGCCGGAGUUGCCUCUGAAAGUGAUCAAUGGAUCUCCUGGCUUCAUCAACCUGUGUGAUGCUCUCAAUGGAUAUCAGCUGGUGAAGGAACUCAAGCAGGCCUUAGGUCUGCCUGCUGCCACAUCAUUCAAGCAUGUCUCACCAGCAGGUGCUGCUGUUGGUAUUCCACUAUCAUCAGACGAAGCUAAGCUGUGUAUGGUUGAUGAUCUGGUCGACUUAUCCCCCUUGGCCAUCGCCUAUGCCAGAGCUAGAGGUGCUGACAGAAUGUCCUCCUUUGGUGAUUUCAUUGCCCUCUCUGACGUGUGUGAUGUCCCGACCGCCAAGAUCAUCAACAGGGAGGUCUCUGAUGGAGUCGUGGCCCCUGGGUAUGAGCCUGCAGCCCUAGACAUCCUGAAGAAGAAGAAAAGUGGUGGUUAUUGUGUCUUGCAGAUUGAUCCAGAGUACAGCCCAGCCGAGCUGGAGACUAGAACACUGUAUGGGAUUCAAAUGGAGCAGAAGAGAAACGAUGCAGUCAUUGACAGAAACCUCUUCUCCAAUGUUGUGACAAAGAGAGACCAGUUGCCAGAGGAAGCUGUACGUGACCUAAUUGUGGCGACCAUUUCCCUCAAGUACACACAGUCAAACUCUGUCUGCUACGCCAAAAAUGGACAGGUAAUUGGCAUUGGGGCUGGGCAGCAGUCGCGGAUUCACUGCACACGAUUGGCUGGAGACAAGGCCAAUAAUUGGUGGUUGAGGCAGCACCCAAAGGUGAUGUCAAUGAAGUUCAAGAAAGGCGUCAAGAGACCGGAGAUUUCCAACGCUAUUGAUAUUUUUGUCCUUGGGACUGUUGGCCAGGACAUGGAUCUGUCUGCCUGGGAGGCCCAGCUGGAGAACCCACCAAGUCAGUUUACAGAGGCAGAAAGGAAGGAGUGGAUUGCACAGCUGAAGGGUGUAUCUCUGAGUUCUGAUGCAUUCUUUCCAUUCAGAGACAACAUUGACCGAGCCUACCAGAGCGGCGUGGAGUUCAUUGCCUCAGCAGCCGGCUCCACCAACGACCAUGUGGUGAUCGAAGCCUGCAACGACCACAACAUUGCGCUGGCUCACACCAACCUGAGGUUGUUUCACCACUAG